GCGCAAAAGAAGUGUUGGGCGGGUGGCAUAAUCAAAUUAAUCCGCCCCUGCAUGACCUGCUGGCCUGUUGCGCCUCAGGUGGAGGGUUGGAACUGCGGGGGCUGGAGGCGGCAACGGCCGAGGGGCAUGCGCCAGGUCGGCGUCAAAAGCGACGACCGAGCCACCGCCGCCUCACUCGCAACCGCGAUGAAGAGGUCGCCGCUGCACUCGUUGUUGGCCGUCGUUUGCGGGCUGCUGCUCCUCCAGGGUGCACACUCGACACAGGGCAGCGCCUCCGUUCGCUCCAUUUGCAUCCAGUCCGACGGCCUCCCUACGCCCCUCAGGGGCUUCUGCAACUGGCUCUACUCCUCGGAAGAAGGCCUCCCCGUUCGCAGAGCGCCAGCUCAGCAGCUUUUUAAAGUACCUAGAAGGUUCAUGGCAGAAGCGGCAGAACUGGAGCCAGUGGAGCCGCCGGUGGUCCCGCGGCAAGACAGGUAUUCGCAGGAGCCUUCCAGUUGGGAAACGAUCAAGCGACAGGACAACAACCACAUGUUCCUCAGGUUCGGACGCAGACGGAAGUAGCCCCUGGAUCUUCUCUCACCCUCCCUAAUUUUCGCACUUUUCAUCUGUUAAUUCCUUUUUUCGAUGAGACACUCUUGUCAAAUAGUAUAUAGAUACAUAUUAUAUUAUUGAUGAUUAUCAUGUUUUUGUUAAAAUAAUGUAAGAACUUGAUCUCCCAGAGCCAAAUAAAUGUUCGUAUCAAGGUAGCUACAGUCA